GUGUACUAUUUGUCUUCCUUCUCACCUGUCAUUGGUACCAGGAAGGAACGAGGAAGACUAUAUUCUUUAUGCCUUUCGAGUCAAUAGAGUAUGACGGUGGGGUUGUACUCCAUAAAUAUGCGAAGCAGGGGGCCUGCAUAUCCAAAGUGGGGAUGGGGGUGAAGGAUAUUUUCCUGCCAAAAGUAUAUCUUCACGCCAAACGCUGGAAGCACUAUCAAUCCAGUAUACGGGCAUUAACAGCUAAUGGGUGCCAGUAGCAGGUCAAAGCACCCAAGAGAUUCAUACUUAAUUUGAGCUUUAUUAUCUAUCGGGGGACUUUUCACCGCCUUGUCAACAACACACAGCAAAGGGCUUCUAACGGAUGCAACGCGCGACUGCAGUGACUGAAUACUGAUGCUGCCUUCCAUCCCUUGCCUGCUACUGCCCCUGACAGCUGCGCCUCCCGCCCGUCUCUCUCCGUUCAUUGGCAGAGGCCCAGCUCCGUUAUGACUUCAUUGAAGCCCUCCUCCUCCUCCGGUGGCUCUUCUGUGAAUGAACACUGGCAAGUAGAUGCUGCCAAGGUAACCAGAAGAGGUAAAGUCAGCAGCCGUACGCUUUUCUGAUUACUAGUGUCCUGAAUAACAUAUGUUGUCUUAAUUUUUGGUGCUCAACUACGCCUUACAAAGCAGUCUUAAACGGCAGUCCAAGUUAUUGACUACAUUAGGAAAAGAACAAAAUCCUUCGUUUUAGAAGGCAGCAGUAAAUUUGAAUACAGCGCAUUUUUUUUUGUCUUUGGUGGGGGUCCUACCGUGGAAGUUACGGCAGCAAUUUUUUUACUGUUUUUAAUAAAUGAUAAUAAAAAAACGUUAGCAUAUCAGCGAAUAUUGGAGGAGUGGGUUCGGUCGAAGGGAUUCUUUUUCUUCUUGCUCUGGGGCUGUAAAAAUCUGCCAAGACGCCGCGUGCAGUGCUUCGAGUGAAAAAUGCGGCGGCAAAGUUGCCGAAGCCGUCGCCUGUGGUGGCCGAACCUGGUUCUACAACUCCAGGGUUGUAUAUCGAGAGGUCCCAGAGCCGGAUUAGUCUGUCUGCAUCAUUUGAAGCCCUAGCCAUCUAUUUCCCAUGUAUGAAUUCAUUUGAUGAAGAUGAUGGAGAUGGGGAAGGUCGAAAACUCCGUGGUGCAAUUCAGCGCAGCACAGAGACAGGACUAGCUGUGGAGAUGCCAAGUCGGACUGUCCGCCAAGCAAGCCAUGAGUCAAUUGAAGAUAGCAUGACCAGUUAUGGGUCAGAAGGAAACUUAAACUAUAGUGGAGUUUGCCUGGCGUCUGAUGGUCAGUUUAGUGAUUUCUUGGAUGGCAUGGGACCAGCUCAGUUUGUUGGACGUCAGACCUUAGCCACCCCAUCAAUGGGUGAUGUUGAAAUUGGUUUAAUGGAGCGGAAUGGUCAGUUAGAAGUGGAUGUCAUUCAAGCACGAGGUCUUACUCCAAAGCCAGGGUCCAAAACUCCUCCAGCUGCUUAUAUCAAAGCAUAUCUACUAGAGAAUGGAGUAUGCAUUGCAAAAAAGAAAACAAAGGUUGUCCGUAAAUCCUUAGAUCCAUUGUAUAACCAGGUAUUAAUUUUUACGGAGAGUCCACAGGGAAAAAUAUUACAGGUUAUAGUCUGGGGUAAUUAUGGCAGAAUGGACCGAAAAUGUUUCAUGGGAGUUGCCAGAAUUUUAUUGGAGGAGCUGGAUUUGUCUCAUAUGGUGAUUGGAUGGUAUAAGCUGUUCCCUACAUCAUCAAUGGUAGAUCCUGCUACCACUCCACUUAUACGUCAGUCUUCACAGCUGUCUUUGGAGAGCACAGUUGGACCUUGCUGUGAUAGAUCUUAGUGAGCAAAAGUAAUAAGACUAUUUUUUAAGUCUGUCAAGGUUUUCUGUGCUAGGUCUGUAACCUGAAGCACUCUGCAUGCCAGGUCAGUUUCUCUGGAGCCUGCUGCUAAGGGUAACUUGAUGACCUUUCACACAAGAAAACAGAAGGAUCGUUUGCCCAGCCUAACCAAGUCAGGUAAUGCCUGGUGGCACAGGUCCUAGCUGUGUUGAAGUCACAUGAUUUAACAUCCAAUUCCACUCACCAUUUUUAAAUAUAUAAGUUAUUUCACAUAAUAUUUGAUGUCAUCAGUGUAUUUUAUUCUCAGAUAUAUGUUUCUAAAUUAAAGCUGCAGGAUCUUUUUCUAAAUAGUUUGACCACUAUUAUAACAUUAUUGUAAUACUUACUUGGGUUAAGUUGAGAAGUGGUCCUGUCACUUAAAAAUAUUUAAUGAAAUAAAUGAAAAUUAAAGAUAAUUAUGUACUGAGUGGAUGGUGAAUUAUAUUUUACACAGGUCAAAAAGGAUACUGCAACUUUUUAACUUGAGGAAUGUUUAACUUAACUGAAUAUUUACUGUAUUUUCAACUGUGCCAAAUUACCAGCAAGUGUCUUUUAUAUUUGGCUAAUGCUGUUGUUGACAGAGUAGAAGCAACAUCAGUGUGAAAAUAGAAAUGUAAUUUAAUUAGAAUAGAAAUUUAAAAUGAGUCAGCGCUGUCUAAUUAACUAAAACAUAUUGAUUGUUGUCAGUUAUCUGAGCAGAACAUUAUAUUAAUAUCAAAGAUCAAACAUUUGUAGCUAACAUUGAUAUGUAGGUUCAUAGUUUAUUGUUUUUGUUUUGUGUGUCUCUGAACUUUGUUUACUCUGAUAUUUUCACAUCAGUAGCUGCUAUCUUUGUUACCCUUCAGAUAAGGAACAUUGUGUUUAUUAAAUGUUUUGAAUUAUACAAUGACUUGACAUGGGAAUUUUGUGAAAAUAACCCGAGGAAACAGUAAGAGUGUAUACAGCUUUGAAUGUUUUCUAUGGUAUCCAGUAUGCCCAUUUUAUACAAACAGCAACAGUAGCUGGAAAAAGUAACAAUAAUGAAGUAUGCAAUGCCUGUCCUGCGUGACCCACUUAGCAGCUAGAACAAUCAAUGGAGAGGAAAUUUGAGCAAAAUAAUGCAUCAGUUUUAUUAGUGCACAUUUGUUAAAAGUAGUAGAUUUGCCAUGUUAAUGAUGACUGGUAAAGGGCUAAUUUCUGAAGGAUAUGAUAUACUGUUUGUGCUUCAAUCUUUAAAAAAAAUAAUUAUUUAAGUAGUAUAUCUGUGUAUGCUCAGUUAAAAGAAGUAGUGUUUAGUAUUGUUCUAAGAGGAAAGAAUUUAUUUAGUGCCAAAGUUAAAAGUGAUUGAAAUUGUCAUUAAUGACAACAUUUCAUUUAUCCAUGUCAUAAAUCCCUAGUGAAAUUUCACUAUUAGCACUUAAGCUAAAAUUUCCUUACACUUUGGUCACUAUUUGUAAAAAAUGACAUGUAGUUAAGAUUGGUACUUUAUAUCUUUGAAUUCUUUUUCAACCCCUAAAACCUAGUAGUAAUACCAGAAUGUUCUUUAGAUGUUCUCUUGUUCAAACAGUUUGGUAUUUCUUGCAGUUUUGCAGCAUAAGCUUGACUAUUGUUUUCAAUAAUGACCUUGAUGCCUGACAUACCAGUAGUAUAGUUUGUUAAAUUUACUUGUAACACGACUUGAAUCCAAGUUGUAAUAGAACAUAUCUAAUCCCUGCACACCUCUUUAUUAUAUUUAACAGAGUAGGUAGUUGCCAUUACCUUGUCAUUUUAGAGAAAUAAUAAAUAACCCACAUUUUGAAUUAUGAGGAGUGUGUAAUACAAGACAUUCAAUAAGUAUAUAUUAAAACUGUUAAUGCUAAAAAAUUGUGUUAAUAAGGAUAAUUUCCUAAAGCUAUAUUAUAUUUGCAGGUGUAUCAGUCAUCCAUGGAGUACUUGAUAUAUGACUCUGCAGAUCUCUGAGUUCCUAAUAUAAAUGAAAAGUGCUCAUUGUUUUAGAUAUGAACAACAUGCAAUAUUAUAAAAAUUUGUAAUAUCUGGACAUUUGGGUGUUUGCGCAUUAUGCCAAAUUGUUAAUAUUUCAGAUGAUGCUUUCUACUAACCCCUGGUUUGCAGAGAUGAAUUGUUGUUAGGUUGGAUACUUCAUUUAAUGUUUGUUUCUUUCUGUUUUUGUAAAAUAAAAAAAAACAGAGAGAACAGAUAAUGCCUGCCUUGUUGGUGAAAAAGAUUAUUGAAGUAGUUUCACUCUAGAAAUAUAGCCCAGCACUUAAAGUGGUAGAAUGUCAGAAGGGUGACAUUCUGUGUCAUUUGUACUGUAACAGAAGAAAUAACAGAGGGCUUGCCAAUGUAAAAUAUAGAAGCAACAUACGUAUUUAGGUAAUAUGAACAUGUGGAAUCAAUGGCUAAGGGAUAAAAUUACUGUUACACAUUUUUGGAUAUGUAAAACAUCUGUUUAAAGUAACUAAACUACUUUUUCUAAUUUUCAUAGGAAUAUAACUGUUCCAUUGGUAACAGAAAUAUAGUAUACCACAGCCAGCAACAUUUAGCAAUGACAUUAUAAAUAAAUCACAUACAUUUGCAGAUCUCUUUGUAGAUAAUAGCUGUCCGACUAAUUUAUACAUAUAAUGUAUGUAUAUAUUCUGAAUGCCUGAGAAUCUGGUAUGAACUGACACAUGCCAUAGUAUGUUCUCUGAAGAAUAAUGCUUUUUGCAUUUGAUGUUUACCUACACAAGUAGAAAUUAUUCACAUCAUCUUCACAUUAAGGGAAAUUGACUAUGCUAUGCUGUGCAGAAGAUGGUAUUCUUAGGUUACACUAAGUAGACCCAUUCAGUUUCCACUUAUUUCUGUUUUUGAUUAGUUUUCAAAAAAUUGAUUAUUCCAUUUUCAUACUAAAGAUUUACACUUAGCUUUGGAAAGAAGACCUUUUGGCUUUUUGAAAAAUAGUGUAAUAUAGUUUAAAAGAGCAUAUCAUAGAACUGUAUCACAAUUUGAAGAGAGUAGUAUGUGGAAAAAUGUAAAGUUUGAUUGAAAGUACUUAUAUUCAACUACUUGUUAGUCCACAGAAAAUUCAGUAAAGAAGACAAAAUAUAAUAUUUCUUGUCUUUAUAUAGCUAUAGGCCGGAUGUUUAUUGAGAAAUACACACACACAUAUAUCGACACACACACACACACA